UGCCCUGAAAACAGAAAAUAGUAUUUGCAGACUCCAAUCUCUAUUUCAUCACCGUGUCACAGAAUUGUUGAGCCUAAGCACUUAAAAUGUCUCAUCGUUACAGAUAUGAAAAAAAAAAAAAAAACCCAUCAAAAUUUGCCAUUGAUUUUGCAGAUACCGCGCCGUGGUGUCCUGGUAUGGGAUGAAAGGCGGUGGAGUUUCAGUUUGGACAGCAGCAGAAAUAACAAUGAUAUGGGUUGUUUCUCUCCUGCUGGCUGUGCCUGAGUUGGUUGGCUUUGACAUGUUAAUGACGAACUAUAAAGACAAGCAUCUGAGAAUAUGUCUGCUUCAUCCAAUGCAAACCUCAAAGUUCAUGCAGAUUUAUAAAUCAGUAAAAGACUGGUGGCUCUUUGGAUUUUACUUUUGCAUGCCACUGACUUGGACCGCUGUCUUCUACACGCUCAUGACCAGGAAAAUGCUGAGAAAGACGAAGAAUGUUUUGAGCGUCCAGACCAAGCAGAGACUUGAAGUUGCUAAAACAGUUUUCUGCCUAGUGACUGUGUUUGCGCUCUGCUGGUUCCCACUGUAUCUCAGCAGAAUCUUGAAGCUAACCAUAUAUGAUGAAAAGGAUCCUAACCGUUGUCAACUCCUGAGUGUGUUUCUUGUCCUGGACUAUUUUGGCAUCAAUAUGGCGUCUCUUAACUCCUGCAUCAACCCCAUUGUUUUGUGCAUAGUCAGCAAACGUUUCCAGAGAGGCUUUAAGGUCUGCCUGUGCAGUCUGUGUCUACCUCCUCCGGCUUUUACCCAUGACGAAGUGCAGUCUGUCUCCAAGUCCAGGAUGCAGGAUCAAACUUCUGAGCAGAGCAGCGACAUCAAAGCUCACAAAUACACUCCCACACCUCUCACUGACCAGCAGAACACCACGCUGUGCUAACAACGUGGGACUGUGAGUUCUUCAGUGUUCCAUUAUGAAAUAUAUAGUAUGCUUUGCUAUCACACCGGAGCAGCUGUACCUGUGGCAUUGCAAUCUUAAGGUGCCAUCCUAAUACUAUAAAAAUAACCUCUGAAUAACAUGUCGUGCUGUCUCUUGUGCUGCUGUCGUCAGCUGAACAUCUGCCAUGGCAUGAGCAACCUGAAGUCAAGACUGUUCAGACUAUUCUCCCCCAGGGCUUGACUCACUCCCAACCAUUACAUCAGAUUCCUCCUAGUACCGAUCCUGUAUCAUGCAUCUCGCUUUUUCCAACCAUUGUUUCGGGUGCCAUGUUAACUUGACACCCAUCAGCAGAAAUCUAGUCGUAGCCUUCCUCCUGCAUAUUAUUUUCCAAAUCUGUUCUUGGAUACUGUGCCACAGGAAAUUAAACAAGUGAGAAUCCAGAAGUACAGUGUUGGGAUUUUGCAGGAUGCGGCGGAUUACCAUUGUUUCCAUCUCUUUCAGGUUUCUGAUCCGGGGGUUUAUUGUGUCUUUCAUUCUCCGCGCUGGAGAAACGUGUCAAACCGGUGCCGUGAGUAGAUUAUGUCUCUGCCACGGAGUGAUUGAUUGAUAGUGGCCUAUUUUUAAUGCAUUGUUAAAUGUGUAAUGUGUGUAGACACUUUAUAAAAGACCUGAGAGAGAGAGAGAGAGAGAUGGAAAAAACGAAGAUGACAGAAUGAGGUCAGAAGGAGACGAGGGGUAGGAGGAGAAGCGGGGGGAGGAGGAGGAGGAGGAGGGGAGAGAUGAGCACCUGAUAGGUCUUCCUGUCACAGGACAAGGCGAGCACAAAUAGAGGGCUGUUCUUCCAGCUAAUGCUGCUGCAGUUGACAAAACUGUCUGGAUGCCACGCACUGGAAGGCCCUAUUAAAAGUUCCUCUUGUCAGAGCGUGGAGCACGGCUCUCGACUGUUUGUAAAGAUUCAAUAAUUCAUUUGAAUAGAAGCGGCUGAUGUGCAAUAAAAAAUAUGUCGGCGAUAUUUACUGAAACAUCAUAAAACUUCCGCUCAAGUGUUGCGCACUGCUUACUCUCAUCUUGUGACUGUCUGUUGUUUUACAGCACUGCUUACACACACACACACACACACACACACACGCAGUGAAAAUAUUUGAACUGUAUUUAAAGGUGUGCUCUGUAGGUUUUAACGACAUCCAGGGGUGAAAUUAUGAAAUUACAUUACGUUGCCAUUCUUUGUUGCAAAAAAUAUUUAUUCCCUUAACUCUAUUAAUAAACAAAUAAAUAAAGUUAUAGGUAAAGUGAGACCCUGACAAAUAAAUCUAAUAGAAACUUAAAUCAUUUCCUGAAACAUAUCUGCAGCAGAGCAAUUCCUUCUUGUAGAUGUUUUUUUGUCACCACCUGCUUCUUAGUCUGGUUUAAGGACAGAAAUGAAGUUCCUUUCAAAUGUUAUUUCAAAUUAAGAAAAAGAAAAAAAGAAAGAGAUGAAGUUAAAGUUGAAAACCUGUUGCUAACCUUUUAAAACAUCACCAAAAUAAAGCUGAACACUUGACAGUCACAGCGGUUGAA